GAAUUCGUAGCCAGUAUGACGUCAGUCAUCCUGCAUUUUCGGUCUUCUUUUUCACCGGGAGCGACUUGUGGCGGAGUGUAAUUGCACACGGACGCAGCUUUUCACAGUAUGCAUCGUUUGUAAAAAUACAAAAAUUAAAAAAGGAUACCGACGACGCUUGCCUAGUCGAGUCGAUGGAAGAGACAGAAGGUACGGGCGAGUGUUACUGCGCGGGCUGCGGAGCGAGAGUCCACGAGCAGUUCCUCACGAAGGUGCUGCAGGACACUUGGCACGGCGCCUGCUUCCAGUGCUCUGUGUGCUGUGACCACCUGACGAACUGGUAUUAUGAGAAGGAUGGGAAGCUGUACUGUCGCAAGCACUACUGGGAGAAGUUUGGGGAGCUGUGUCACGGAUGCGCUCUGCUCAUGACCGGACCUGCCAUGGUGGCUGGAGAACACAAGUAUCAUCCUGAGUGCUUUGUGUGUCUCAGCUGCAAGGUGGUGAUUGAGGACCGGGAUACCUACGCCUUAGUCGAGCGCACUAAACUCUACUGCGGGAAGUGCUACAAGCAGGUGAUUCUCACGCCCAUGUUGGAAAAGCGCUCGCACGAUUCCGUCCCGGACUCCCUCCCCCACACGGUGACGCUCAUCUCCAUGCCUUCGGCGGCCAACGGCAAGAGGGGCUUCUCCGUGUCGGUGCUGCGGGACGUCAGCGGCUCGGCGAGCGUCCAAGUCAAAGAGGUCCGAGGGAUGCUCAUUAGUCCCGAGGUGCGGAAUGCCAUCCACGUCGGGGACAGGAUCCUUGAGAUCAACGGCGUUCCGGUGGGGACGCUGCUGGAGGAAGAGGUGGACGACCUCAUUCAUCGCACCGGUCAAACGUUACAGCUGCUUAUAGAAUAUGACCCGGUGAGGCAACGUUUGGACCGCCUCCGUCUGGAAUCGUCCAGGGACGUCCUGGGAGCGCCGGCAACCUCCCGCAUGCGCUUGUCGUCGCCGUCCAACGCAGUACUGGAGAGAACCGAGGUGGACCACGGCACACUGAAGAGGAGAUCUUUGAGGCGAAGUAACAGCAUAUGCAAGUCGCCUGGGCCCAAUUCCCCGAAAGAGCAUCUUUUCAUUACCCGAGACAUCGGACGCUCUGAAUCUUUGAGGUCAUCCAGUAGCUGCUCCCAUCGCAUCUUCAGGCCGUGUGACCUCAUCCACGGCGAGGUUUUGGGAAAAGGCUUCUUUGGGCAGGCUAUCAAGGUGACUCAUAAAGCCACAGGAGAGGUGAUGGUGAUGAAGGAGCUGCUUCGCUGUGACGAGGAGACCCAGAAAACCUUCCUCCAGGAGGUCAAAGUCAUGCGGAGCCUGGACCAUCCUCACGUCCUCAAGUUCAUCGGCGUACUGUACAAGGACAAGCGGCUCAAUUUGAUCACGGAAUUCAUUGAAGGGGGCACGCUGAAGGACUUCAUCAGAGACACUGACCCGUUUCCAUGGGAGCAACGGGUGAGCUUUGCAAAGAGCAUCGCAUCUGGCAUGUCCUAUCUUCAUUCAAUGAGCAUCAUACACAGAGACCUCAACUCUCACAACUGCCUGGUGAAACUGGACAACACUGUGGUGGUUGCUGACUUUGGGCUGUCCCGACUCAUCGUAGAAGAGAAAGUGAAGCCUUCGCCUGAAAAGAACUCCACCAAGAAGAGGGUGUUACGACGCACUGACCGGAAAAAACGGUAUACCGUGGUUGGAAACCCUUACUGGAUGGCCCCAGAGAUGCUGAAUGGUAAACGCUACGAUGAGAAAGUGGACAUUUUCUCAUACGGAAUUGUUCUUUGCGAGAUCAUCGGAAAGGUCUACGCAGACCCAGAAUGUCUCCCCCGCACUCUGGACUUUGGUCUGAAUGUGGGAAAGUUUGUGGAGAAGUUCCUCCCUGAAGACUGUCCGCCAGCGUUCUUUCCGCUGGCUGUGGCGUGCUGCGACCUCACACCAGACAACCGUCCAGCGUUCCAGAAGCUGGAGGACUGCUUCAAAGCGCUGUCCCUCAACCAGGAGCUGGGCAUCCCUCUCCCAUCCGAAUUAGACGAGCUCCAUCAGAGUCUGAGUCGGCUCCACUGGCCCAAAGACGGUUCCUCCCCGGCGCCGAGCCCGGAGGAGCCCCGCUCCCCCAAGACGGCCUCUCCGGACUGUUCCGGCACGUCACGCAAUGGCACUUAGGACCCGCCCUCUUUUUCAAGCCACGUAACCCCUCUACACUGCUGCACCAAUAUCACGGAACAGCGACAGGAAAACCUUGAGGAUCCACAAAGCCUGCUGGGCCGCUCUAGUUUUGGUGGAGGAGAACAUUUCAGGAAAACACUUGUUACUUUUGACACUUUUGUUCAUUGCACACAGGUUUUGUGCUUUAUGUUUACGGUGUAGAAAUGCAAGAAGCAUCUUGCUGUGGUUUGGUUCCAAACGCUAAGUUUGCCACCCUUGAGGAGUCAGGGUGUAACUACACUUUAUUUUUGCAGAGGGAUUCCUCCCUCUCGCCAACGCUCGUCUGUCCAGUCUGAGGAAACGGAACGCAAGCCGCACCUGAGCGUGCGGCCACAGCAGAUAAAUUACUCGCAAAUGAUUUGCCUCAUCAAGGUGGACUCUUGUGAUUGCACCACACAUUCAAGUCACGUAAAAAGUUUUUUUUCUAGAUUUUUUUUUGCACUUUUUACCUUUUGUACCAGUUUCUCACGUUCUGUUUGUGUAUUGUUGUUAUUUUGCCAAACUAUCACCUAGGUCAUGUUUUCCAUACACUUGCUGCUGCAUCAUUGUUCUAAAAAGGGCUUGUUGAGACAUUAUGACCUUAAAACCGGUUUUGUGCUGGAGAACUGGAUUCAUUUUUUAUGUUCUCAUCCAUUUAAUGUAGAUAUUGUACAUAAGGCUCAAUAUGAGUUUUUUUUUUUUUUAUCGGGAACCUUUAGAUUUGAGACAUUUCAAUUCACUGUAUACGUUGUUCUGCUAUUUUAUUAGCCAUUGUAGUAGCGUCAAGGUACUGACAACUAUUACCACUAAUAUUUAAUAAUCAAUACUUUUCCUAAACCUCACGCAGCUGCUUAGCUCAGUCAUUCUCGAGUUUGACGAUUGAGUUGUAGCUCAUUGUGGUUUUUUAAUGGACAAAAUAAAACUUUCUUGCAAGACCACAAAACUAAAAUGACAAUGUGUUCACAUAUAUAUUUACAUUGUGAGACUGGAUCAUAGCCCAUUUUAUGACUAUUUUCAUGUUUUACUUUCUGGAGUGAUAUACUGUGAUGCUCUUACUUUGCGUGUCAAUCUUUACUCAUUUAGUGGAAACAAAAAAUUAUAACGCAUCACUAGUGGUGAAGUGGUGUCGGUCAUUAUUAGUGGUUUUAAAAGUACUUUUGACCACUGAGCCUUGUCCAUUUGGCGUGUAUUUUUAUCUUUACUUUCACUCAAUAUAUGCAUUGUUAUGGAAUAUGUUUCUAGAGUCUUCUGAUGGAAUUUUUGUUAUGUUCAUACUAAAUGUAACUUGAAAUCGUUUUUUCCAAUUUACAAAAAAACAAAAAACAAAUCUCAGGCCACGCAAAUGUGUAGCUUUGAAUAACCACCAGGGGGAGUUACAGGGUUCCAUGUUGAAUAAUCAUUCAGUCUGUAUGAAUUUAGAUGAAAUUAAACGUUCCGGUUUCCA